CACCUCCUCUUCCUGGUGUCUCCGUAGGGGAGAUUUCUACAAGCUCCCACUGUGAUCUCCAGGCAGGAAGCGUCGGAAUUGUAGGCCACAGCUAGCUCCAGCUCUCCGCUCAUACAAGUGAUGCCUUCAAAGACACUGCGCUCUGUGAUGAUGCUGCUGCUGCUGCUCGGCUGUCGGAGGCAAAACAAAACACAGCUUCUUAUCUUAGGUCUAAACAACCGGAAAGGACAAAGUUGUUUUUUUCUCCCUACGCACUUGCUUUCCAUCGGAGUCUGAGCUGGUGGGGCUUUCUUCUGUGGAGGAACCUUCUUGGUCGCUGUUUUUGCUUUUCUUGGACAAGUUGGGAAGGCCUUGGUGCAACUGAUGACAAUAACGAAUCACUGGUGAGACUUGGAGGAUCAGGAGACUUUGGAUGGCGCUCCAGCACCACCCCCAGGGCAGUCCAAAGAAUCCAACCACUUUUUGGGCUAUCCUGACCGCACACACGGGCGCUACAUUAGCCGCCGCCCGACCGAUGAUCACAUCACGAGCCUCCAUAACUCCCCACACCCUGCCAAGUGCCCGCCCCCCAAAUGCUGCUUUGUAAGGCGCCAUCCCGUGAUGGAGAAGCAAAUGGAGGAGCUCAGGCAGCAGCUGGAGAAGCAGUGUCUCAUCAACCAGGAGCUGCAGAGGCAAAACAAAGACUUGGAGCAACGCCUGCAGGAGAAAGAGAAACUUCUACAGGAGCUCCACAGUCAAUAUCACAACCUCGAGUUCCCGCCACAGGUCGCCAAUGAGGUCGAGCCAGAGGUCAGGAAGAGUCGGGCUGCGGUCAUCGCACCGGAACCCAUCCCGGAGACGGUGGACAUCAGGAAGUCCAGGGUGAAGAAAACUGUCAGCGAGACCGGUUUGAUCGUCAAAGCCAUCCAGAAAAACGACUUCCUGAGCCGCCUGGAUGAUGAGCAAAUAACCAUGAUGGUGGAUCUUCUGGAGACGACGUCCAUCAGCCGUGGUGGUGAAGUCAUCAAAGAAGGCUGUGAAGGGGACAGCAUGUACAUCGUAGCGGCUGGCGAGCUCCUUGUCACGCAGGCGGGUCGCAACCUCCGGACUCUAACCAGUGGUGACGUCUUUGGAGAGCUGGCCAUCCUUUACAACUGCAAACGAACAGCCACAGUGAAAGCAAGGACAGAAGUGCGUCUGUGGUGCAUGGAGAGACAGACCUACAGGACCAUCAUCACCAACAAAUCCAAGAAGAAACGCGAGCAGCUCAUGGGCUUCUUGAAAACGUCUCGCACUCUGAAGGACCUGAAUGAUGUCCAGCUGUCCAAAAUCAUUGACUCCAUGGAAGAGGUGAAGUACCAGGACAAAGAUGUAAUCGUUCGAGAGGGGGCGGAAGGAGACACGUUCUACAUUAUCCUGAAAGGAGAGGUCCUGGUGACUAAGAACGUGAGCGGGCAUCAGAAGCAGAUUCGAAGGAUGGGGAAGGGGGAGCAUUUCGGGGAACAGGCCCUCAUACGUGAAGUGUUAAGAACGGCCACCUGCACAGCUGACGGCCCCGUGACCUGCUUCUCCAUCGACAAGGAGGUGUUUGAAGAGACAAUCCCAGUCGAGCACUUGGAGCUGUUUGAUGACUCCAAGAUGCUCCAGGAGGCGCAAGCUCCAGUAAAGUCAAGUCCCAGCUCCACCCUGAGGUUUCAGGACCUGGUUCCUGUCCUGUACCAGGAGGGUCGCUAUCAAGGAGAUCCGGUCACCCUUGGAGUAGGAGGCUUUGGCCGUGUAGAACUGAUGACCACGUUGAAUCGUGGGAAAUAUUACGCCAUUAAGAGAGUGAGCAAGAAGCACAUCGUUGCCAAGAGACAAGAGGAGCACAUGCUGUUAGAGAAGAAGAUCCUUAAGGCCGUCCAGUGUGACUUCAUUGUCAGACUUCAUGCAGCCUUCAAGGACACACGUUACAUCUACAUGGUGAUGGAGUUUUGUGGAGGUGGAGAAAUCUGGACCAAACUUAAAGAAGUAGGGCGUUUUGACGAGCAGAUUGCCAUCUUCUGCACCUCCUGCGUGGUGGAGGCCUACGCCUACCUCCAUAAGAAGAGCAUCAUGUACCGAGACCUGAAGCCGGAGAACCUGAUGUUGGACGUGCGUGGCUACGUCAAACUGGUGGACUUCGGUUUUGCCAAAGAGUUGGUGCGUGGCGAGAAGACGUACUCAUUUGUCGGUACUCCUGAAUACAUGGCGCCCGAGAUCAUCAAGAACCAGGGACAUGACUUUGCUGUUGACUUUUGGUCGCUUGGCAUCCUCAUCUAUGAGCUACUGGUGGGAAGCCCUCCCUUUUCGAGCUCGGAGCCUCAAAAGAUUUAUGCCAAGAUUCUAGAUGGGGUUCUGAAUUAUCCUGCGUACUUAAGUGAAGCGGCCAAGUCCAUCAUUAGUAAGCUCUGCAGACCUCGGCCAGGUCAGAGGUUAGGAAACACCAAGAAUGGCAUUAAAGACGUCCGACAUCAUAGGUGGUUCAGUAACAUGAACUGGCACAAGCUGCGUAUGGCUCAAAUCGACGCCCCCACCGUCCGCCUCAUACGCAAGGGCCCCUGCUACAUCAAUUUCGAUCGCUUCCCUCAGGAUCAGACCAAGGCAGACGAGGAGUUCUCCGGCUGGGACCGUGACUUCUAACCUGUACAAGUCCGCCGUAUUGCAUUAUUUAAGAUGUCCAGCCACCAAAACACGAUGGUGCUGAAAGAAAACUCAGGAAAACCCAAAUCUCCUUCCCAAUAGGGUUUUUUAGACCGACUACUGACUUUUAUGUUGACACUUUUCAUGAUUCAGAUGCGAUAGGUCUUCAAUUUUAAAUAAAAAACAUUAUAAUGCUGUGGUUGCCAAUACAUGCAUUUACACGUUUACAGUAGACCCCGACUAUUUGCGGCGGGUUACGUUCCAAGACCCUCGCAAAUGGUGAAAAACGCGGCUCAAGAAAGCCUAUUGUUGACGUUCUUAAACCCUACAAUAUGCCUCUCAGUUAUUCAAUGCAUUUGAAUUCAGUUUUCCACACUAAGAAGCAUUUGCAGUAUUGGAGUUAUGAAACGUGUACUUCAACAUCACAUCCCGUCAAAGCAUCUUCAUGCUGGAAAAUUGUGACUGCAUUGACGUGUGAGACAGCGCCCUCUGCUGGAUUCAUUAAAAAAAUGUUUUCAAUUUAAAGCUGAGAAAAUAAAUCUGCCACUACGGGAUCUACUGUGUCUUUAAUGAUGAAAAAUGGCAGCUACCCAAAAAGCGCUGUAAAAAUAUUAUGUAUUAUUAUUUUUCUUGUUGCAAGCUGGAAAUGUACAUAUCAAAUAUUAGUUAUAUUUUAUAACCAUAUUUAAAGGUUAUGAGUAUGCUGAUGUAAUGUAAUUGAAGAAGAAACAACGCAAUCUCCAAGUAUUUCCAUGAAAUAUACUUCCAUAUCCAACCAUCCAUCCAUCCAUCUUCUAUGCCGCUAAUCCUCAUUAGGGUCGCGGGGGUAUGCUGGAGCCUAUCCCAGCUGACUUCGGGCUGGGAUCGGCAAAUAUUUCAGGGAAUAUUUGCUUAUUUUUUUAUUAUUAGGCCCUAAAAUGGGGCAAUGAUUGGCAGCAACAUCCAACAUUUUUUUUUCUACUGUGUCAAAUUAAAAACAACUCACACUGAAGUUUCUGACAAGAAACGCAUCUCCACAAAAGCUGCUGUAAAUGUAGCAUAUAUUGAUAUAUGUGUUAUUAUUUCAAUAGCAAGACUCCCUCACCGAAAAGAGCACGAGGUUACAACUUUUGCUGCAUGCUUUGAAUGGGAAAGAGUUGCACCAUCUGGUGGACAAAUAGCGUGUAAAAUUUAAAGCUAGUUUUUGUCAUGAGGAUGAUUUUGGUGUAGCUUUGUCAUUUGAAGAAAGAUUACAAUACUAAUAUUUUUGAAAAAUGAAUAUCCUCCUAUUUUAGUAGUCUGUCGUGACUUGUGUCACGCUGUAAGUUCGAAACAACACAAGCCUUCCUAUUGUUAACUUACCUUAUGUCAUGUUCUGCAUGACGGUUUGGACUUUUUUUUCGGCCAUUUCCUGUUUGGUGCUUUUAUUUUGUUACGUCUGUUUUCCUGUUUGGACUGAAUGCAUUACCUUUACUCUGGCUAGAGAGAGCUGUGGAGCACACCUGUCUUUGGGGUACGUUAAACCAAAUCCUCGCAAAACAUGACACCUUGUCUUCCAAAUCACUGUAAAAUGCUUGAAAAUUGUUUUAUUUCUAUUAUUUGUCCUGUUUUAUGUACAGAU